CCAAAAAAUGAAAGGACGCUGAGAGAGAGAGAGAGAGAGAGAGAUUUCUUGCUUGCUUCAGUCAUUCUUUUUCUCUGGUCCAACGACGACUAACGCCUUCCUAUAUAUGCAGCAAUGCUCAUGCUCUUUUGCAUUUUAAGGAAUCCCCUGUUUUCCCUCUGUUUAAGGUCCUCUUCUUGUCAGAUCUUGGGCCUCCGUCUUCAAAACCCUUCUCUCGGUUUUUCUAUGUUUGGGUUUAUCUCCAACACCAAAGCCUUCCUUUCUGGACAAGAAAUAACUUUCUUGCCUCCUAGUUUAUAGUCUUACCCUCCUGAAUUGGAUAUCUUGGAGAUUCACUUCCUUUGUAUUCUCGAAUAAGAAUGGCAAGUGAUUUAAGGGCAUUUAAAACGUCUGGAGCCGGAGACAUCUAUCAGAGAGAGAGGUCAUCAUGGGUCAUCACGCUACCCAUUUAAACAGAUGUGCGAAGAACAGAGCAACGGAGGCUUUUGAGUUUCGGAAAUUCGAUUCGGCUGUGUGACAAAGAGGAGAAAAUGCUGUCUCAGCAGCAAGCUGAAGAAGCGAUGGUCUCCAGCUUCACCAACGCUGGAGAGAGAGACGGAAUAGUAGAAGAAAGAAAGGUGCAAACGGAUGGCUCCAACGACAACAACAAUGGCGGCGGCGGCGGGGCUGGUCUCAAAAGCUUCCUCUGGCAUGGCGGGUCUGUGUAUGAUGCUUGGUUCAGUUGCGCCUCCAAUCAGGUGGCGCAGGUGCUGCUGACACUGCCCUAUUCGUUCUCCCAGCUCGGGAUGCUUUCCGGGAUAAUUCUGCAGGUUUUCUAUGGAAUCAUGGGGAGCUGGACGGCUUAUCUCAUCAGCGUGCUCUACGUCGAGUACAGAACCAGGAAAGAGAAGGAGAAUCACAGCUUCAAGAACCACGUCAUUCAGUGGUUCGAGGUCCUGGAUGGUUUGCUUGGUCCCUACUGGAAAGCCCUCGGGCUGGCUUUCAACGUCACUUUCCUCCUCUUCGGAUCGGUCAUCCAGCUCAUAGCCUGUGCAAGCAACAUAUACUACAUCAACGACCAUCUGGACAAGAGGACAUGGACGUACAUAUUCGGAGCAUGCUGCGCGACCACCGUGUUCAUCCCCUCCUUCCACAACUACCGGAUUUGGUCCUUCCUUGGCCUUGGCAUGACCACCUACACUGCUUGGUACAUGACUGCCGCGGCCAUCGCUCAUGGCCAGGCUAAGGAUGUGAUCCACAGUGGACCUACCAAGCUGGUCCUGUAUUUCACCGGUGCCACCAAUAUCCUCUACACUUUCGGUGGACACGCCGUCACCGUCGAAAUAAUGGAUGCAAUGUGGAAGCCGAGAAAGUUCAAGUACAUAUAUCUGCUGGCCACACUGUUCGUGUUCACUCUCACGAUUCCAUCGGCGACAGCGGUGUACUGGGCCUUCGGCGACCAGCUCUUGAACCAUUCCAAUGCCUUCUCUCUCCUCCCUAGCUCGGGUUGGCGCGAUGCUGCUGUCAUUUUGAUGCUCAUCCAUCAGUUCAUAACAUUCGGGUUCGCAUGCACUCCGCUCUACUUUGUGUGGGAGAAGGUGAUAGGGGUGCACCACAAGAAGAGCAUAUUAUUUAAGGCGGUCGCCCGGUUUCCGGUGGUGAUUCCCAUCUGGUUCCUGGCCAUCAUCUUUCCCUUCUUCGGGCCGAUCAACUCUGCCGUGGGCGCCCUCUUGGUCAGCUUCACCGUCUACAUCAUCCCUGCCGCCGCCCACAUGCUCACUUAUCGGUCGGCCUUUGCCCGGCAGAACGCCGCCGAGAAGCCGCCAUUCUUCCUGCCGAGCUGGACGGCCAUAUACGUUGUGAACGUGUUCGUGGUGGGUUGGGUCCUGGUGGUCGGGUUCGGGUUCGGAGGAUGGGCGAGCAUGGCCAACUUCAUCAAGCAAGUGGACACGUUCGGGCUCUUUGCUAAAUGCUACCAGUGCAACACACCUUCCCCAUCACACCAUUAGAUGAACUUUGUAAUUUGCUCUUGCUGAUAAUAAAUUUGGGAUGCUGUGAUUAUGGAAAUGGGAAUAAAUAGUUGAGUCAGCAAAGAGCGAGUCGACUUGACUUAUUAAUGCGGAAUUUGCUGUCAUCUGAGCUGGUUUUUCAGAGGUUUUUACC